AUGUCUGAGGAAGACUCCCUCCUUACGAAUCUCUGCGCGAUCUGUCAUAUUCAACCCCCCAAAUACCGCUGUCCCCGAUGCUCAACUCGAACCUGCUCGCUUCCUUGCACGCGCCGCCACAAGCUCUGGUCGCAGUGCUCCGGAGUACGCGACCCAGCCGCGUACCUACGACGCAACGAGCUCGCCACGGAAUCCGCCUUUGAUCGAGACUUUAAUUUCAUUACGAGUAUCGAGCGACGGCUAGAGCGAGCAAGCCGCGAUGCGGAGAACAGGGGCGUAGUGGUUGAUGGGAGACAGGGAGUUAGGGAGCCGGGAAUUGUGGGGUUGGAUGAGGAUGAGCUGGGGCAAGCUGAUGCUAUGGAUGGGAGGAAGAGAAAGCGCGCGGGCCCUGGAGCCGGGAAUGGUAUUGGUCAUGGUUUUGAGAGGGGGUUGGCGAAGGGCGAAGCGGGAUUUCUGAAGCGAGCGGCUGAGGCAGGGGUGAGGGUUAUCAAGGCUCCGAAGGGGAUGAGUCGGGCGAAGAUGAAUGGCUCAAGGUGGCAUACAAAGCAGAAAUGUCUGCAAUGGACAAUCGAGUGGGUGACGGACAACGGGACGAAAAGGAUGAAUUGCGCAGAGACCGCGACUGUUGCAGAGGCAUAUGAUCGCGCAUUCCCGCUGACGAGGGAGGAGAGACAGGUCCGCACUGAGGAGUCUACAUUUAAAUCAGAGCCCAAGCUCGCGUCCGCGCAGGAACCGGCGAAGGAAUCUACGCAGGAGACCAAGAACGUCGAGCCCGACAAAAAUGCAGAGCCCUCACAAUCGCAAUCGCAAACACACCAGCCGCCUAAAUCAGACAUGUCGUUUUCUGAAUCUAUGCCGGAGACCGCUCAGCCACACGUCCUUUCUUCAAACAACCACCCUACACCGGCUCAAGACGACACAACACAACCGACAUCAGAAUUACCAUCGCCAUCAACAGAGCCCCCCUUACCUUACAGAUCGGUUUUCUUCUACAUCCACCGCCCCCGCACCACAACAAAACGUCCGGUUCUCGCUCCUCUAUCCCCUGGAAUGACCCUCACCUCCGCUCUACAAGACCGUGUCGUACUGGAGUUCCCUACCAUUUACGUUCUGCAGAAUCCGCUCAUGCCUGUCCCUGAUACCUCCUGCGUCACUGAGUCAGGGCCUGGACCUCUUGGAAAGUCCAACCUGAAACAACGGUUCAUUCUAGAGGCGGAAUAUCUACGAGCUCAUCCUGACGAAGCGGCAGCUGGAACUGCAUCCGCAGUGACUGCCGCAAAUGACGGAGAACAGUUGGAAGAUACAGAGGCGCUCUUUGGCGUGGGUGCAGUGAAUAUCCCGAACGUCGACGAAGGAAAAAUACUGGAGGUUUUGGAGAAGGAUUUAUUGGGUUCCAGCUAG